AUGACUCGUAGAGGAGAAGAAACCCCGGAGAACUUCGAUGCUGGAGUGCAGAGAACGAAGAUGAUGAAGGUGAUGAUGAGGUUGCAGGUUGUUGAGCGAAGGCGAUGCAGAAGAUUGGAGAAAUUUAAAUUGGAUGUGGUUUUAUGGUGCAAGGAUAGAGUUAACAAUCUGAACUGGUUGUUUGUGGCGAUGUUGCUCCCUACGACGGUCAACUCUGGGAAGUUAAGUGCGACUACAGCCUGCUUCAGAAUGGUAGUAGAGAAGGGCAAGCGGCAGCGGAAGCUGCCAAUAUUUUGUGUUUUGUUUUUAUUCCAUGAUGAAUUGGUGAAUGGAUGGAUUGUUGGGCUGUUUUGGAAUAAGAUGAAACAAGGCAUCAAUUUUCUUAGGAUGCAAUUGAAAUUUGAAUGA